AUGGCCCCCAAAGACGGAAAUGAAUCGGACAAUGAUGAGAUCCAAAACCAGAUGACUUCACAAGAAACAGGGACAACAGAAGAGAUAAGGGCAUUAAAACAACAAAUGGCAGAGAUGUAUGAGGCUUGGAUGAGUGUACAACCUCCACCGUAUUCAAUCCGGGACUAUUUUAAUACAAAUAUGUCUCCCCCUAUCCAGGUGUCGACAAGUGAUCCGAUAUAUCCCCCUGGAUUCGGCCCCUAUGCUAACACAUCCAAUGUCGCUGGAACUUCUAUGGUGCGCCCUUGGAAUACACCUAUGAUAAGUAAUCCACUCUUUGUGUCAACUGCCCCGACUAACAGCAUCGCGCAGCCAACGAUGGUGCCCAAAUGCAACAACGAUCCCCUGCACAAAGUUCGGCUUGAUCACAGUUACACUCUAGAAGAGGCCAUUAAAAUUCCAAGCUCUCAUCCCCACAUUCAUCAAUGUAGUUCCCCUGUCGAAAUUGAGAAGAUGGUCAAGAAUGAGGAACAUGAAGAAAUGACUAAGAAAAUGAAGAGUUUGGAACAGAGUAUAAGAGAUAUGCAAGGACUAGGAGGCCACAAAGGCAUCUCGUUCAGUGACUUGUGUAUGUUUCCUCACGUCCAUUUGCCUGCUGGUUUUAGAACUCCAAAAUUUGAAAAAUACGAUGGUCACGGAGACCCCAUAGCUCAUCUAAAGAUAUAUUGCAACCAAUUGAAGGAUCGUUCCUCGUUAGCCAACACGAGGAAAAAGACCACGGAAAAUUUUCGUGAAUAUGCUAUCAGAUGGAGGGAACAAGCUGCUAGGGUUAAACCACCGAUGAAGGAGUCAGAGAUGAUUGACGUUUUUCUCCAGGCACAAGAACCUGAUUACUUUAACUAUCUACUUUCUGACGUCGGAAAGACAUUCGCUGAAGUUAUUAAGGUAGGGGAAAUGGUGGAAAAUGGCAUCAAGUCUGGAAAGAUUGUAAGUCAAACUGCCUUAAAAGCCACAACACAAGUGCUUCAAAGUGGUUCUGGAAAUAUUGGAGGGAAGAAGAGAAGGGAGGAUGUGGACACUAUUGUAUCAGCGCCUAGGAUUCAUGUCCAAGAUAAUUCCCCCCAACACUAUUUUCCUUCCCAAGCUCCACAAUAUUCUGUCCCAUACACUCCAUAUCAUGUUUUUAAUGCACAACCAAUUGCACCCCCUUCUUAUCCACAAUGGCGUGCACCAACUCCAUAA